GCAGAAUGUAGUUGACUCUUUUCCUUGGAAGAUUCAACGCGCUGUCUACAUAAACAAAGUGUCUUUACCCAGUACAGUACAGAUAUUAUCAGCCAAGUAAAAUCCCUUCGAGAUCAGUAUGGAUUUCGACCGCGUGCUCGAGAAGUGUGGAAACUUUGGCCGGUUUCAGUUUGUCAUACUAAUUCUGUAUGGCUAUACGAAUAUACUUAGCUCGUUGCACUAUUUCUCACAGACUCUCAUUACUUUUACCCCAGAGCACUGGUGUUCCCAUGAUGAUUUGAUGGGCUUAAGUGCUGAGGAACUACGUUCCAUUUACUCCAAUGUUUCACACUCCUCUUGUACUCUACUUUCCGAGGUGAUCAACGGCACUGGGGUGGCCUCAGAGGAGGAGACCUGCCAAGACUGGAUCUUUGAAAGGGAAAACGGGUAUGAAAGUCUAACCACCGAGCUGAAGUGGGUCUGUGACAAAUCUCACCAGCCAGCGGUGGGUCAAUCCUUCUUCUUCCUGGGAUCUGUGGUGGGCACCAUUUCUUUUGGCUUCCUUUCGGACCACAUUGGUAGACUACCCGCCAUGUUAAUGGCUUCGUUAUCCGGGGCAACUGGGGACUUUAUCACCUCCUUUGUCCACACGCUGCCUUGGUUUGCCUUCUCCAGAUUCGUGUCAGGACUAUCUACGGAUACCAUGUACUACCUUAUGUACAUCCUGGUUUUCGAGUACCUAAGCCCCAAACGUCGCACCUUUGGCCUGAACAUCAUCCUGGCUGUAUUCUAUUGCUUUGGACUGGUGACCUCGCCCUGGAUCGCCAUGUGGAUUGGCAACUGGCGUCGCUAUCUUUGGCUGGCAUCUCUUCCAGCUCUCGGUGUCCUUACUUAUCCACUGCUGAUCUGUGAAAGUGCUCAGUGGCUGCUGACCAAGAAAAAGUACGAUCAGGCGGUGGCUUGCCUAAAGAAAGUGGCCAAGUUUAAUGGUCGCCAGGUGGAGGACUCUGUAUUUGAUGAGUUUGUGAAGCAUUAUCGUGAGAAGAUGAACGAGGAGAGCAAACUGAACAAGCAGACUGAUACUUUUCUGGGAAUGUUUAAAUCUCCCAGGCUGCGCCGAUUCACCACCACUCUUCUAGUUAAAUCGGUCAUAAUUACUCUAUCCUACGAUGUGAUCAACAGGAACAUGGAAGGCCUGGGCUCCUCACCCUUCAAGCUCUUCUCACUGACCUCUAGUGUCUAUCUACCAGCAGGUUUUACAAUUUUACUGCUCCAGAACAAGAUUGGUCGCAAGGGCAUGGCCUGCGGUGCUCUACUGGUGGGUGCUAUCAUCACCGCCGCCACAGGGUUCCUGAUUGCGGUCUUGGAUCCCAACGAGAAUGCCGUCUUGCUGGCUUUGAUGGUGGGUCUGGGACGCUUUGGCACCACUGUCUCCUAUGAUGCAGAGAUUCAAUAUGCGGCGGAAAUCAUACCAACCAGUGUGCGAGGUCAGGCGGUGUCCAAUAUUCAUGUGGUGGGAUUGGCCUCCAGCUCGUUGGCCUUCUAUGUGAUCUACCUUGCUCAAUACUACAAGCCACUGCCCUCGAUCUUUAUUAGUGUUUUGAUGUUCUUGGGCGCUAUACUUUGCCUGACCCUUCCAGAAACUCUGCAUAAAAAACUCCCUGAAACCCUGGCCGAUGGCGAACGCUUUGCGAUGAACGAGAGCUGCCUUUACUUCCCAUGCUUCCAUAAACGCCGUGAAAGUCUGACCAAGCAUGAGGAUCCUAAGUCUGAACCCUAGAGAAUGAUGCACCUGAAAGUUGACUACUGUUUAACCAGCUAGCCACUUAACCUGAUGAUGGGGUCAACGGAAUAUUGACCCCUGCAACCGAAUGGUCUGAUAGUUAUUACUCAUGUGAAGGAUGCAUAGUAAUUAAACCAAAACCGUUAUUAAGAAUACAUAUAUCCAAACUUAUAUAUAUCCAAAACAGAACUGCUAUAAAUAUAUGAUGUACUCCUUUUUCUUUCACAAUAAAUUUAUAAAUAUAAAACAUAAAA